GACGAGGGUCGGGGACGAGGACCUAGCGCCUGACCCCGGGAGGAGGGUCAUUGGGUUCGGGUUGGCGCCGUCGUUGUCCGGACGCAUCCGUCGCCGGCACAGCGGGCAUCGGGGUCUGGGGACUGGGACGGGGCCGAAGCCAGACGAGCGGGACAGAACGCGGACCCGGAGGAAGCGAGUGCAGCACAGCUACAGUCCUGCGGCGGGGGGUGCACGUACGUGACUCGGUGGGAACAGCCUUGGACAGGAGCCCGCGGCCGUGCGCGGUUUGUUUACGUCCGCGGGCGGCGGGUGUGCGCGUGUGUCCUGGCGCGCGUCCUGGGAGCGCUGCCUGGGCGGGGACGCGCGCGCGCGCGCGUUUGUGCAUGUGUGCCUUGCGUGUGCAUGUGUCGCGCGCUCUCCUUAGAGUGUGUGUGUACCUCGCGGAGGGCGUGUCCUAGGGUGACCGCCGCAGUAAAUGCGGUAUGAGGACCCAAGCUAGGGAAGCGACCCAGCCCGUGGUCACACGGAGUCUCCAGCCCAGAGGGCACCUGCUGCCGACAUGUCUGUGGAUCCCUUGUCCAGCAAAGCCCUGAAGGUCAAGCGCGAGCUGAGUGAGAACACGCCGCACCUGUCUGACGAGGCGCUGAUGGGGCUGUCGGUGCGCGAGCUGAACCGGAACCUGCGCGGCCUCUCGGCGGAGGAGGUGACGCGGCUCAAGCAGCGGCGCCGCACGCUCAAGAACCGCGGCUACGCCGCCAAUCAGAAGGGACUGGAUGUAGAGCCGGCUCAGGGAAGCGUGGGUGACUUGGGCUGCCCUGCUGAGCAGAUGCACUGGAGACCCCCACCUCGCUUUGGGCUCGGGGGGGUCCCUGGUUUUCCAAAGCUCUGA